GGCUGGGCUGGGCUGGGCUGGGGCUCGGCUUGGGGCUGGCGUUGGGGAUGCUGCAGCUGGGCUGACCUGCGGGACUUGAGCCUUGGCCCAAGGGAUGGCCAACGUGCGGGUGGCCGUGAGAGUCCGGCCCCUCAGCAAGAGGGAGACCAAAGAAGGGGGAAGAAUUAUUGUGGAAGUUGAUGGCAAAGUGGCAAAAAUCAGGAAUUUAAAGGUGGACGGUCGACCCAGUGGCUUUGGCGACUCCCGGGAGAAGGUUGUGGCAUUUGGCUUUGAUUACUGCUACUGGUCAGUCAACCCAGAGGACCCCCAGCAUGCAUCUCAGGAUGUGGUGUUCCAGGAUUUGGGGACUGAAGUACUGUCUGGAGCUGCCAAAGGCUACAACAUAUGCCUUUUUGCCUAUGGGCAGACAGGCUCUGGGAAGACAUACACCAUGCUGGGCACCCCAGCCUCUGUUGGGCUGACACCACGGAUAUGUGAGGGUCUCUUUGUCAGGGAGGAAAACUGUGCCCCACUGCCUUCCUCCUGCAGAAUAAAAGUAAGCUUCCUGGAAAUCUAUAAUGAACGAGUGCGGGAUCUGCUGAAACAGUCUGAUCAAAAAAAGACCUAUAAUCUGCGGGUCAGGGAGCACCCAGAGAUGGGGCCCUAUGUACAAGGUUUAUCUCAACACGUAGUUACCAGCUAUAAGCAAGUAAUUCAGCUCUUGGAGGAGGGAAUAGCAAACAGAAUCACAGCAGCAACCCAUGUUCAUGAGGCCAGCAGCAGAUCCCAUGCCAUCUUCACUAUCUACUAUACGCAGGCAAUCCCAGAGAACCACCUCCCCACUGAAAUUGCUAGCAAGAUCAACCUUGUGGACCUAGCAGGCAGUGAAAGAGCAGAUCCCAGUUACUGUAAGGACCGGAUUACUGAAGGAGCCAAUAUCAACAAGUCUCUUGUGACUCUGGGGAUCGUCAUCUCCACCUUAGCCCAGAACUCUCAGGUAUUCAACAGCUGCCAGAGCCUUGGCAGCACAGUGAGCGAUGGUAGUGACAGUGGGAUCCCUAGCUCUCCUUCCAGGACCAGCAGUGGAGCAGGACCUUCCCAGAGGCAGUCUUACAUCCCCUACCGGGACUCUGUGUUGACCUGGCUGCUGAAGGACAGCCUCGGAGGCAACUCCAGAACCAUCAUGGUUGCCACCGUGUCUCCUGCACACACUUGCUACAGUGAGACCAUGAGCACGUUGAGAUAUGCAUCCAACGCCAAAAACAUCAUCAACAAGCCACGGGUAAAUGAGGAUGCAAACGUGAAGUUGAUCAGAGAACUCAGGGAAGAGAUUGGAAGACUGAAAGCCAUGCUGCUGAGCUUUGAGCUGAGAAACUUCCAUUCAUUGAAUGAGGGAAAGGAUGAAAAUCUGAAGGAGCUGGCUCUCCAAAAUGAAUUGAAGAUUGACCAGCUGACUAAAGACUGGGCCCGUAAGUGGAACGAGUGGAAGGCCCUCGUGGAACAUUACAGAGUGGACAUCAACAGGAGGAGGGCUGGGCUGGUCAUCGACUCCAGCCUGCCACACCUGAUGGCCUUGGAGGAUGAUGUGCUCAGCACAGGUGUCGUGCUCUAUCACCUCAAGAAUCUGGUGUCUGUUAAACUUCAUCUGCGGACCAAGAAGGAGGGGACAACAAAAAUAGGAAGGAUUGACUCAGACCAGGAACAGGACAUUGUCCUGCAGGGUCAGUGGAUCGAGAGAGACCACUGCACUAUCACCAGCGCCUGUGGGGUCGUCAUUCUGCGGCCUGCCCGCGGGGCCCGCUGCACAGUCAAUGGCCGGGAGGUCACCGCCUCCUGCCGUCUGACCCAAGGAGCAGUCAUAACCCUGGGGAAAGCACAGAAGUUCCGAUUCAACCACCCCGCAGAGGCCGCCGUCCUUCGGCAGAGGAGGCAGGUUGGAGAGACUGUUGGUAGCAGUGGCUCUCUGGAGUGGCUGGAUUUGGAUGGAGAUGUCACUGCCUCCCGGUUGGGUCUUUGCCCUUUGCUUGGGAAGGAAAGGAAAGCGCUGGGAGAGCAGAGUGACAAGGACCACAGGCCACCAAGGGCUGGAGAGACACCCUGCGGGGCCCAGAUUCAGCAGCAGCGGCUGUGCUUCAUGGGGGAUUUGAGGCAGCGAAUCCUAGCGGGACAGAUUAGAGCCAAACAGGAACGGGAACUGGACGGGACGUGUGCCGGCCAACAGGUUAAAGACGACCAGCAGUGGCUACUCGGAGAAGGGACCUGGCCGGCCGGCUUGCACCAGCAGCUGCAGCAAGACCGUGUAGAAGAGAAAGAACGUGCAGCCGCUGUUCCAUCUGAUUCAUGGUGCCAGACAGACCCUGAGACUCAGCCAUCUCCCCUGGUCCAAAGCCAGAAGAGGGUGGUGCACCCGCAGCUCCUGCGGGGACUCGCGCUUCGGGUGGCGGAGCGGAACGGCCGGCAGAGAAGGGUCUCGUUCCAGCUGAAGAGGACCAUCGAGAAGCCAAGGCUGCUGGAGGCCCACAGGAGACCGGAGCAGCUCAGGUCGCUGUGCUGGCUCCAGGAUGACUGCCCCCGGAGGCCCCCCUUCCCGGCCCCCUGCCCUGGUGCCCUGGUCCCCGGGCCUCAACGCAGAAGCAGAUUGACAAGUUGCAGUUCCUUGAGCCACCGAAGGCCCUGCAGCCGGCACUCAGCCCAACUGCACAGUAUUUUCCUGAAUUGGGAUCCCUCCACCACGUCACCUCCUGUGCCUGACCCUACUGAGCAAUUAUCAGAGAAAACCCCAUCAAAAGAGUACUUGCCCCAGGCUGCUUAUUACCCCCCAAGGAAAGGGCAUUUCAUCAAGCAUGCCCUCCGUUCCUCAGGCGAGGGGCAGCUCUGCACAGCCAGGAAGGCCCUGGCCAGGAAGGGAGCCUCACCCUCUGGCACCUGCCUCACUGAGAGCUGCGAGUCUGCCAGUGUCCAGGAAAUGGAGAGAGUGGCCCUGCUGGAGCCAUGGAAGCUGGAAGAGCCCCAGGGGAAGGAGCGGGAUCUCCCAGGGACAGAUGACUCCGACAGCGAAGACAGCCAAAUAUCUGAGGACUCGCUGGCCGAGAAGGGGUACCAAAGCCCACAGGACAGCCCAGCACUCAGUUUUCUCACCCAUGGCCAUGGCCACUUCAGGGCCAGAGCUCAAGCCUCUGUGAGGGGCUUCACCACAUCCUCAGACAGUCGACUGUUCACCCAGACUCACAGGAGCUUUUCCCUCGACAGCCUGGUUGACGCUGAGGAAGAACUGGGGGACGAUCAACAAGAAGAGCCUUUCUUCCGUUCAGCUGACGAGAUGCCCACGGAGACUUUCUGGCGCCUGCAGAGCUCCAGUCUGCCCGCAGGGGACCAGGAGGCAGUGUGCAGCCCUGGCCCCAUCAGCCACAGAACAGGAGCCAGGCUGGAUGCCGCCCUGCCAGUGAGCAGUUCAUUUUACCUGGAGCUCCAGCCCCGCUGUGAGCAGCCAGAGUUGGCGGUGGAGGCAAGCUCCACAGAACAAACCAACACUCUCCAAGAUGUGCAGCUUUCAAGAGGGAGCCCUCUGGUGUCCAUGGAUUCCUGGUUCUCCUGUGACUCCAAGAACAGUCCCAGUAGCCCCCCAGGUUCUUUAUGUCCAAGUCCUGACGUCCAGGAUGUUCAGCCCUGCGGUUGGGAGAGGCCUGGAUACUGGCCCAAUAUGGAAGAACUAAAGUCAUCAGAUACAGAAACAGUCCUGUCCUACAGCUCCAAACUGCCCCUGGGCAGUGCUGAGCUACCCUGCAGUGUCAGAAGUGUGUACACAGUCCCUGUUUCUGAUACGACCAGGGUGUCCCUCUGGGGUUCUUACAGGCUUCUUCAGCCAGGAGCCAAUGGCACCUUUCAGGCCAGAGGGGUCCCUGACAUGGCCCAGAAGGGCGUCUCUGAAGCAUCUGACUCUAGUGUGUCAAGCUUGUUGGCUGCCUCUGCCACCUCAUUCACUUACAUUGGCAGUGCCUGUGAGAGAGACUGGGCUGCCCUUCAGCAAAAGUACCUCCUUGAACUGUCUCAUCCUGUUUUGGAGGCCACAGGAGCACCCAGUCUUCCUCCUCGAGGGAAGGGAAAGCCCUCCCUCGAGGAAGACUCUGGUUCCCUGACCCAAGAUUCUGGCAGGGGAGGAGAUGCUCUAUUGCCAAUUGGUCCUAGGGUAUCUAGCAGCCUGGAUUUCAACAACUUUCCUAUCCAUCUGUCCAGAAUUAGGCGUCUGAGAGCUGAGAAAGAACAGGACAGUCUGUGUGUCGAGGUAGAAGGUACUUCAGAUUUCUUUACAGCUAAUGAGAAAGAGGUGAGUCAUAGUGGAACUUAUUCAGCGGACAUAGAAUCAUCGACUUCUGGAACUACAAAUGUGCACGUCUCUACAGCAGCGAACAAGACAGCACAUCCCGUGAUGGAAGCAUGGGGAGUCAAAGAGAGCAGCUUGGAAGAAGCCUCUCAGAGUAGCGAGAAACCUGGUCUCAUGAUGUCCUCUGAUGAAUGUUUCAUCCUAACGAACGCUUGUCACCAUAUUGUCACCAUAGACACCAAAGAACCCCAUUGGCCCCGAGGCUGGGCUCCUUUGAGGAAGAAUAGUGCAGACCCAGGGGGCCAAUUAGGUCAGAACAGCCACCACCUCCCGCAGGAAGAGAAGACAGACUCCCAGGAGAGCUCCAAGGAAGUGGGUAGAAGACACAGCAGGUUUUCCUUUGCCGUUCCUUCAGGUCCAGAGCUGUACCUCCACUCUGCUCCCUGGAAUCCACUCCCAUCUUCCCUGCAGCCACCUCCCUUGGAAACAUUCUAUGUGACCAGAAGCCGAGAUGCCCUAAGAGAAACUGCCUUGGAAAUCCCGGCUUGCAGAGAAGCAGGGGCGCCCUCCCCCCCUCCCAGGGAAGCAUGGGGCUUUGGACAUGAGCACCAAGUCCUCCAAAAUGUGUAUGUGAAGAGUAAGUUGCCAGCGCUGUUACAAAACCAGAAUCCCAAGAUUGCAUCGUCUCAGCAGGUCAUGGCAGAAAGGCCAGCUGACCUGAACACCAAGGAAGUUUGCAGGGAAAAAGGGAAAUGCCUUGGAAACAUUAAAGAAGAAAGCCAUAACUCAGUUUAUUUUUUUGUCACUCAGAACAGACAUUUUCUUCCAUCUACCAGCAUAAAAGUAUGUGAAUUUGAAAAUCAAGUUGGCAUUUUAAAUAAACACAGUCUUCCAGUGCUUAAGCAGGGAGAAAAGGCUACUGUACAGUCCUACUGCAGUGUCUCCUCAGACAGUGCUGGGUCAAGGAAGCCUCCCCUGGUGUGUGAAUCUGAGACGAGUGGGGAAGAAGAGCAGGGGCAGGAUGCCGUCCUCAGAGAGACCCCGGCCUGUGACAUGAAGAGACGGUUUCCUUCCGAGGUCAGGUCUGAUUUCAUCUAUAAAACCAUCAAUUUAGGCCUUGACAAGGACAAGAUAGAGGAAGCCGCUCGCUCUUUGAAGUCCAGAUCAGUACCUCAUAGAGUAAGCAGCCCAGAGACAGCAGCCCAGGAUGAGAGUCCAACCCACAAGGGGGAAAGGAGGAAUGAAAUUGGGCUUCCUGGAAAAGCGCUCCAUCCCAAAGAUGGCUCAGAAGAGUUUAGGCUUCCACAGGCAGAGUCCAUGUAUGAAAGAUUCCAGUCAGUUACGUGCUUUCAGGAAAGAAACCUCGGUGAAUGCAAGGUCCCUGGAAAGGUGCGAGAAGCGUUAAACCCCAAAGAAGAACCUCCUGGAAAGAAGCGGAGUAAAGGAGAUAAUAAUGCUGAUGAGAUGGCUAGGCUAAUUAGGAGUGCAAUGCAGCUGGAAAAUGGCAUCUUGGAAAUUGACCCCAAACAGAGUAAGCAGCUAAAUGCUUCCCACACACUGGGAGUCAGGAAGGAGUUUAUGUUCCAGGACCAGAAGGACCAGGAGAUGGUUGACCAUGUGCUGAGGGCAGGCAGCUUUAGAAACCACCUGUCCUUCAAGGAUCAGCCAUCUUCUCAAAAAUGGAAAGAUGAUGUUAUCUUUAGGGGUGGUGAAGCUGGACGAAUGGAGGUUAACAAUAGCAUUGAUCCCCGGGUACACGACAUCAGAUUUGUGAAAGGGCACACCCACCCAGCUGUAUUAGACAGACCCGCCAGGGAAACUGGUGGUUCUUUAGGGACAUUUACAGUUUGCAGAGAAUGCACCAACUCUUCUGCUCAUCCAAGGAAAACAAAAGCUUCGGCUGGAGCUCUGCCAUUGCAGCCCAUGUCUGAGAGGACUUCUGAGGAGGGCGAGCUGGUGAAUGCAGUGUACCCCAGACGGCCGCCCCGUGGCUUGGGAAGUCUCGAGGAGCUGGAGACUGUGAAGGGUGUUCAGGAAAGCCAUUUUGCCAAACGCAUACGUAGUUCUAAGCAAGAGGAGCCGGAAGUUCAAGGCAGAGUUGAAGAAACGGCUGUGCAAAGAGGGAGCCUACAGGAGAAAAACAAAGUGGUUUCAUUAACUCAGAAACUCCCUGGCCCGUGCCAGCAUUGUGUGUGCACAUUUUUCAGCCAAGAGACUGACCCAUUGCCAAGCCAGCCAGGGUCCUGUAUGGCUCCUCGCCGAGACCUGAGUAACGCCUUGCCCUUGAAUUCAACAAGGCCGCCAAGAACCUAUCUUUAUGUACCUGGUACUCUAGGCAUCUCUUCUGUUGACUAUGUGCUGGAUCCCACCCUGUUGAAAAUGCCCACCAGUCCCCUGGUAACUGGAGCGGGGUGUCAGGACCAGAGUGGAGAGCCCGGAUGCCACAGCCCACAGCACGGAGACGAUAGACAGGGCUUCUCCACGGCACACCCUGCUUGGUGUGGGUCUGUGAUAUCCAUGGCUGUGGGAUCUCGCCGUCAAUCUAGUGCACCAGCGAGCAUUCCCCUGGGGGCAGAGGGCAGGAGGUCAACAAGCACCGGUCCGCAAGGCCACGGAGGGGACCUCAGAAGCACCUUGCUGGGCUUGGGUAGCAGGGUGGGUUCUCCUUCCGAAGCUGAGGCAGCUGUACCAAGAGGACCAGACAGAGCCAGUUCCCUGAACAGGGCCUCUAGCCUGCUUGAAAGGAGGGCCAGCUGCCCCUUAGAAGAGGGGGACAAGCGAGGCAGCGGGGAGAGGCAAAAGGCAGAGAAGGAGGCCGAGGACCUCAGUCCUGCCAGUGGUGCUUUCUCAGCACCUGUGUCCUUGCCAAGGCUGCCUCAGCCGGAGCCCUCUGCCCAUCCACCCACGUGCCUGGCUGAGUUGGAGGAGAUAGGACAGGCAAAGGCCCAGGGGAAGCAGCUUCACAACAUGGUGGCUGGGGGCACAGUCCUUCCUCAUGAUGAGAUGCUAUUAGGACCUGAAUGUUCUUCAGGGGCCCCUGGCAGGCCUCAGUGUCCACAAAUGGGCCAGUCAGUGUCAGCCAGGACCAGAAAUGAGGGUGAAGCACGGGGAUUUCAUGUGGCGUCUCUCUCUGCUAAACCAGGACACCUGUCAAGUGAUGAGAGGACAUCUGUCCUUCAGGCCACACACCCCUCUGCAGACAGCUGUCACCCUCUUCCCAGCACUGACACUAACACAGGGCCACAGCACCCCUCACGGACUUCCUCCCACGCUGACCCUGCUCCAGGUAAAAGUCACUGUACCGGAAAACUGAGACAUUUCCUGGGAGCCGGUGAACAGUUUGUGCAUCACACUAGCUCUUCUGAAAUCAUAGAGAAAGAGGGAGAAGCAACCAGAACACCUUCCUCUGCUGAUGCUUUGGGCUCAGACAGUCUUCCUUUUUCAGCAGCUGUGGAGGAGGACAGGAGGGUAAUGGUGGAGGAAAUAGUGGCUGCCUUACCUUCUCAGGCCCCUUUUGAUGAUGCUGGAGGGAUUCCAUGUAGGCGAGGCCCGUUUGCUGCCUGGGAAGCUGCCCAGGGCAUUCUCCCUGGCUGGCAGGAGAGCAGCCCAGCCCACCAAGAACCUGGGACUCUGGACAACACAUGGGGAGGAGGUCCUGGUAACUUCCUAGUGGCUGCACAAGGAGGAAAACCAACCUGUUUUGAAAGUCACCUUGUGAUCUGUGAUGUUCAGAAUUCUGCCAGUCUCUCAGGGCCUAACCAAGACCAGGGCCAAUGCCUUGAGGCUUCCACCGGCUUAGAAGAAGGGAAGGCGAGUCCCAAAUGGGGUGCUGUCCUUCCCAGAGCCCCGGGAGGGAUUGAACCGGAAGCUCCCUCUCAGCAGCCUGUGAAGCGGGAGGGGAGUGUUGGCUCUAGGCUAGCAGAAGCCUGCAGGGCCAGCGUCAAAGGUCCCAGGCCAACUCUGUUGCCAGAUCAGAGACCCGGAGGAGUUAGGGAGGAGGCCCUGCGCAGGUGCCCGCAGGAAACUUCAGACUGUGGUGUCUUUUCGGGGAGCACUGAAGGCAGCAGGACCCUCAGCCCGUCCGGGGGCCAAGCAGACAGCAGAUCUCAUCCUUGCCGGCAGCCAUGCAACCCUCAACCCGUUGCUUCCGAGGCCCAUGCCUCCCCUUCCUCCACUUCACUCUGUUACAGAGACGGUGACCUGGGCAAGGGGGCUUCUGAGGCGACCCCACAUACUCGCUACCCACCCUGCAUGGUCCCCCCCAGGGCCUGGGGGGUGGAGAGAGGAGAGGGCCAUUGCAGGGAACCUGAUGUUCUCUGGGCACAUGGCCUUGAGCCCAAAAGCAUUAAUGUGGAGUUGGGGCCGGUAGAUGGCAGCACCCCGGAGACCUCUGCUGCCGCUCUCCUGCCUCCGGCUCAGGGCUGCAGCUCCCCUUCCGCCCCUGAUGUGAGGACAAGUCCCCUCAGCCCUUGGGUUGCUGAUGGAAGCUGCAGGUCAGUAGGGGAUCCUGAGAAAAAGGCUGGCAAGAAGAAAGUCAGCGCCGAGCUUGAGGCUCCCCCUUUCCAUGCAGGCAGUUGCUCUGAGCUACCCGGGAGGUUUCAGGACAGUUCCGCUGGUGGCCGGAGUGCACAGGGCUCUCAAACCAAGCCAGAACCACCUGCAAUAGCUGGGGGACCACACAGCCUGAGUUUAAGUGAACGGUGUGUUGCGAGUGAGCUGCCGGUGGGACCACAACAUGGAUGUUUGGGAAAUGCCAUCAGAUGCCUUCCAGAAAAGCCGCAACUUUCCGCGGAGUCCAAGGAUCAUAGUGGCUUGGAUCCCCAAGCCAAAUUGGUAGCAGAGUUACAGUGCGUCUCCGGUCCCCAGGUUGACAGCCCCUGGGAGGAGGAAGAGCAGCAGAGAGACCAGGCUUCAGGUGGCCGAGAAGAUGCUGCCCGGGGCAGGAGCCCCCCAUGUGCUGAUGAAGGUGGCUCAGGCAGCUGUCAGAUUAGAGGUGCAGGCAGAGAGGACGAGGCUGUGGCCAGGCUCCCUGCAGCCUUCAGAGACUCAGCCACUGUCCCCUUGGGGCAACGUGGAUCAUGUUGGCCUGUGGCCCAGGGCCCCGGGCAGCCCUCUUCUGGCGGGGAGCAGCCGGCACCCUGCCACCGGUGCUCACUUCCUGUGAUCGCCAUCGUCUCUGGCCCCAAACACUCUAGACCGCAGUUCUCUGUGGUCAGCUCUCACCGGUCUCUUCAGGAGCUAAGCUUGAGCGUGGAGCCUCCUUCCCCGACAGAUGAGGAUAUACAGGAGCCUAGCAGAUUGUGGACCCCACAUCCCAGAGGCUGUUUCUCAGGAAAGUCUGCGGCAAGAACGUCUCUGAAAGCUGAGGGCUGCAAUCAGGAAGCCGCCUCUGACCUGGACGGCAUCGCUGCUGAUCCCAGGCCCCUGCCGUCCACACCCCCUCCUUCCCCGGUGACUUCAGCUGUGUCGUGCGUGCCGACCCCCGAUCUCAUGGCUGCUCGGCUAUUUGGUACUCCGGAACAGGCCCAGCCAGGAAAGCCAGAGAGACUGGGUGGCCAGGCUCGGCCAGAGGUGUGGUGCUCUGAGGCGGGCGGAGGAGCCCUGCUUUUUGGCUCCAGCGCCAUCGAUCCCUGCGCCCUGCCCUGGCGUCCCGAGGGGCCUGCGCAUGUUGGCUGGAAGCAAUAUGUGUUUGGCGGCGCAGCUGGUGUCUCCCGUGGCCCGACACCCCAGGGCCUGACACCGUCAGACAUGGACCGGUGCUCCCGUGAGGACGACGGCCUAGACGACCGGGGCUCCCCGGUCUACUCCCACCGCAGCACCUUGGCCAGUGCCCGAGGCCUGUCAAGCACACGCAGCCUCGUCGAAAGUGCCCACCGUUCCCGUGAGGCCUGGGGAGUCUGGGGUUCCUCGUUUGCCCUGGGGAGCCCCCACGUCCUGAUCAGCUCUGAAGGGGCAGCCCCCUCUAAGGGUCCUGACGAGAGAGGCGGGUUCCCAGGCACCCCUGAUGAGGCAGGCUGCCUGAGGAGGGAGCCUCCCUUGGCUGGAGGAAGUGCUGCGGGCCCGGUGGAUGAGAUUAUGCUGCUGUACCCAUCAGAGGAGGGUGGCCCUGUGGGUGUGUCCAGGAUGAACACCGUGGAGCAGGGCACCCAGACUCUGGGCUGCAGGUCCCACUGGAGCCACGCGGACCUCUCCUCUGCUCAGUCGGAUCUGGCCUCUUGGGCCAGCAUGCACAACCUGUCUCUCCGCCUCUCGCAGCUCCUGCACAGCACCUCGGAGCUGUUGGGGAGCCUCUCCCAGCCAAGUGUGGCCGAAAAGGAGUGGAAUGCCAAGAGGGAGACCCUGGGUGAGGUGCCCCAGGCACUGAAGAUGGACGGCUGUACUCAGACCACCAUGGAUGAGGGCAUCCAGACUGACCCGGCCUCACCACCUCUGCACCUCCAGGCCCCAGAGGCCAACCCUCAGAAAGUCAAUGCGGUCCUUGAAAGGCUGGGCUCAGAUCUUUCCAUCACAUCUCAGGAAAAGGGACAUGUCCCCGGGACGCUUAAGAAGAGAGGGGCAGAGGGGACUGCACGGAAAAUAGCAGGGCCCCGAGAUCUUCAGGAAGAAAGCACCCUCUGCAGGCCCCGGAGCGCCCCCGUACCCUCAUCCCACUUGAGUUUUCAGAAAGUUCCCCCUGGGCAGAACCUGCAUCCUCUGAGCCCCCAGGCUUCUCUGGUUGCCCCCCUGCCUCCCAGCCUGGCUGAUGGCAGCCCCGGCCGCAGCCUCGGUGCAUCUCCCUCCCCAGGGCCCUGUCCCCACACUGUGGAGCCUGUGGAGGAGCCCGGGGUGCGGAAGGAGCAGGGCCCCACGAGCGCCUUGCUGGUGGACAGGGCCUCCUCCCCGAUCCUCACGCUUAGCGCCAGCACCCAAGGGUCAGGGCACCCCCCAGGCGCUUUGUCUCUCUCGGCCCCCUCAGCUCAUUCCCUUGAAGGCUGCCAGAAGUUUGUCUCCCGCCCAGGCCUUCCCCUGGGCGCCCCGAGGGCUGCAGUGGGGAACUAUUCUCAAACCACUGAUGGGUCAGGGAGCUCUCAGAGAGUGGAGGCUCCGUGUGGAGAAGGUAGCAGUCCCUUAGAAGGGGGUGACUACAGGUGCUCCCUUGGGCUGAGCUCCCGAGGCCACCCAGAGCAGAGCGCAAAGCCCCAAGUCCGUUGCGUGGAGCAGGCCCCGCAGGGGCGUCAGCCCAGGACCACCACUGGGGUCCAGAGCAGACUGUCGCCUCCACCACCGGGAAGCAGGAGCCGGAGGCUGACUGAUGGCUUUGUGCCUGAGGACGUGGCCUCCCUAGAGUGUGGCCCACUGAGCAGUAGGGGGCUGAGUCGAUGGCAGUGCAGGACAGAGAAUGGGGGUGAGAGCUCAGUGUCUCCAGAGGAGCCACGGCCCGCUCUGAAUAUUUCCUCUUCGUGGGGAGGCCUCUGGCGCCGCCGCAGCUGCCCUUUCUUUGAGUUGGCUGACACCCCAGGGCUCCGGGGUGGCAUCUUGGGCCCAACUGAGGCCUGCCAGCCUGAGGGGCGGCUGUGCCCCAGUUCCCAGACAUGCAUGGCCCCUGAGCCCCAGCACCACGGUCUGAGGGACCUCCCGGUGUAUAACAAAUCCAGCGAUUGGUGUGGGGGUCAGGACAGCUCCCCUGGGGCGCUGGGUGUGAUGGAUUUGCUGGGGACCAGAUGCGAUUGCAGCCCAGGAGAGCAGGGACAGAGGCUCCCACAACCUCAUGAGGACCAGAGCCAGGCGCCCGAGUGGUCCCAGAGGGAGCAGAUCCCCCUGCGAGUCGGGGCCCAGACCCUCUCCCUCAGCGUGGAACUCACGGAAGCAAAACUGCACCACGGCUUUGGGGAGGCAGACGCCCUACUGCAGGUGCUGCAGAGCGGGACGGGGGAGGCACUUGCUGCCCAAGAGGAGGAGCCGUACGCCUGGCCGGAACGCACCGCAGAUAACCUCUGGAGGGAGCGGGCUGAGCGACUUCAAAACUUCCGCGGGACGCAAAGCCUCAGCCCCCAGAAACAACUGAGCUUCCCAUUCAACCGGGAUCUCCCCACCUGGGCCUUUGACUUGCCCAGCAGGCGCCGAGAAUACCUGCAGCAGCUGAGGAAGGAUGUUGUGGAGACCACCAGGAGCCCACGGUCAGUGUCAAGGUCUCCUCACCCACCCUCUGACAUAGAGCUGAUGCUACGAGAAUACCAGCGGGCCCGUGAGGAGGCCAAGGUGGAGAUUGCCCGUGCCCGGGCCCGACUGCGGGAGCAGACUGAACAGGAAAAGCUGAGAAUCCGCCAGCAGAUCGUCUACCAGCUGCUGCGGGAAGAAGAAAAGCUACACACCCUGGCCGCCUCAAGCUCUUGGUGCACCAGCUCCAACGGAAGUCUCUCCUCUGGUGUCACCUCUGGCUACAAUAGCAGCCCGGCCUUGCCAGGCCAGCUCCAGUCCCCAGACAGUAUGGGGGACACAAACUUGCCUGAUUCCAGAGACUCCUGGAUAGGGGAGGUGUGGGGCCGCUCUGCAGUGAGGAACAGUCAGCUGAACCUGGCCGGCUCUGCCUGGAAAACCUCAGCCUGCAGCCGCAGAGCCUCCCUGGGCAGUUGCUGCUGUUCUCCGUCCAGCCUGUCCAGCCUGGGGACCUCCUUCUCCUCCUCCUACAAGGAUUUGGCCAAGCACAUCGUGGACAUCUCUAUGGCUGAUGUGAGGUUUCCUGUAGCCGACUCUGCUGGGUGGGGAGGAAGAAAGAGGAGGGAAGGAACAGGGCAGAUGAGGGCUUCUUCAGCAGCUCUCUAUCUUUACAAAAGUGGGGAAUUCAGUAAAUGCUGGCCUGAGGGACUAAUCCAAGAGUCUGCUUUGUACAAACUGUGCCCACUAAUCUGGGUGUGGUCACUGUGUCCCCAGGUAAUGGCUGCUUGCUCAGAUAAUCUGAACCACCUCUUCAGCUGCCAGGCAGCAGCUGGCUGGAACCCUCAGGGCGAGGAGCAGGACGUGCAUCUGUACUACAAGGUGUUUUCUUCUACUCGGCAUGGCUUCCUGGGGGCUGGCGUGGUGUCCCAGCCACUGUCUCACGUGUGGGCAGCUGUGAGUGACCCCACCUUGUGGCCGCUGUACCACAAGCCCAUCCAGACAGCGAGGCUGCAUCAGCGGGUGACCAACAGCAUCAGCCUGGUGUAUUUGGUGUGCAAUACCACCCUGUGUGCACUGAAACAGCCACGGGAUUUCUGUUGUGUCUGCGUGGAAGCCAAAGAGGUGCCUGCCUUGCUGGUGGUAAAGAUGUUGUGGGAGGAACUUGGACUGGGGCAACUGUCUAUCAUGGCAGCUCAGUCUGUGUAUGAUGCGUCCAUGCCGAGACCCAGCAGGGAGAUGGUCCGAGGGGAGAUCCUGCCCAGUGCCUGGAUCCUGCAGCCCCUCACUGUGGAAGGGAAGGAGAUCACCAGAGUCAUCUACUUGGCCCAGGUAGAACUUGGUGCUCCAGGAUUCCCCCCUCAGCUCCUAAGCUCCUUCAUCAAACAGCAGCCGCUGGUUAUAGCCAGACUGGCUUCCUUCCUUGGUAGUUAGCAUCUCACGGUCAAGAUGGUGCUCCAGGACACCCCAGAGAUGCUGGGGCAGCUCUUGUUACUCUCUGUAUCCUGAUGUUAAGAAGAGCCGAGGCUACCUGCUGUGGCGAACUGGGCAGACAGCGCUCAUCCCUGAGUUGCCAGCGAAACCUAGUCAGUACUUGGUCACAGCUGGCACCUCUGCAGAGCGAGGGGGCCUGAGCUCCUGGCUGUCCAGAGUGAAUGAAGUUCAACUCACCUUUUUGGAUUUCUCACCUUUUUUGCCCGUCUCUGGGACCCUAUGGCAUACAGGCCACUCAAGGAUCAGUACUGGACACAGCCAGCAGAGCUGGGAGCCUGCAGUGCUCCGACAUGGUGCUUACUUAGUUCGGCGCAGCCCUGGGGCUGGUAGGGAAGCAGGAGCCAUUGGCCAAGACUCUGCUCAAAAUGUGCUCCAGCAGUCAGCUCCACUGUGGGAUGGGGUGUUAGGAAACAGAAAACGGUUUAAAAAAACAGCUGCACAAACCAGAACACUGAUUUAGAAUUGUUUCUCUUCCCUGAAUUUUUACAAAAUGCUUUAUUAUUAAUUUUUGCUUUGCCCCCCCUCUUCCUUUCCCUCACAGGAGAAGACAAUUGUUUGGGUCUUGGCCCCAGUAAGGAGUAUAGAGUAAUGCUCUGUCAUGGAGCCACCACUCCAGAGCUCAGAAGAAUGGGAAGACCACUGUAGAAGCUGGCUGGAUAGAUAUGGGGUUAGGGUGGGGGCCUAGCUCUUUGAGGAGGACUUGGGGUGGUGCGUGGGCAUCUCUCAUUUCAGAGAUGAAAAACUGUCUUUUGAAGACGAGAGGGAAGAUAACGGACCUCCUGGAAGGAGGCAAGUGAUUUGUUAGGAGGAAGCACAUCCAUUCCUUACCUCACUCAGAGAUUUGGUCCCAGCCUUGAGCACUCCACACACUGCUGUAGCCCCUUCUAUUCUAGGAUGGGAUGGAGAAUGGGUUCAGUUUUCUUGUAACUUAGCCUGGCUGAACUCGAGCUUUGAAUAUUCUGUAUGGUUACCUGAAGUGUAGGGGUCGGAGAGAUUCUCAGCUUCAGUUCUGGUGCCCAGAGUCUUUGGUGGGAGAGGGCGACCAUAUGGGGAUUGAGAAGAUGUGGUAAAAGGUAAAUUUCUGUAUAGUACAGAAGAGGUUUAUUUUUCUAAAAGUAUCUGCAGGAUUUUGUUUUUCUCUUACCUCAGAUUAAGUUAUUUAUACAUUAUUGAAGUUUUUUUUUUUGAUUGCUUUUAAACUUAUUUUUCUGGUUAAUUUUUUUGGUUACACUUGAUAUAUUUAACACCCUAUUUAUGUACUCCCAUCUCUCUUCACAUGAAUCUCUAAGACCACUGAUUGAAAAGUGCAGAACACUUGCAAAUUAAAAGUCCAAUGUGUACUUUUAUUCAGUGAA